GGGUCCUGAUUCACGUGCGUCACAGGCAACACGUUUUGAGAAAUACACAGCGGAGCAGUUUAUGUUCAAACUCUCAGUGUAUUCCCAUUUUAUCCGGGUAACAGUUAAAACUUCUCUUUAUCCAGCCACCACAUCGUUUUGCAGACUCUUCUCCAGAGUUGUCUGCUGUUCCAACAUGGGGAAAAGAAGCAGGCAGAGGCAGAAAACCCAAAAUACUGGCAGAGACAACAGAGACAACGCUGGCUGGGGAGCUGGUUAUGAUGACAUUGUCAAGGAGAAUAAGCUUUUUGAACAUUACUACCAAGAGCUCGGCCUGGUGCCUGAGGGAGAGUUUAAGGAGUUCAUGGAUGCUAUGAGGGAACCGCUGCCGGCCACCAUCCGCAUCACUGGAUACAAAAGCCAUGCCAAAGAAAUCCUCCACUGUCUGAAGGAAAAAUACUUCAAGGAUAUUCAGGAGGUGGAGAUCGAUGGCCAGAAGAUUGAGGCUCCACAGCCUCUUAAAUGGUAUCCCGAUGAGCAGGCCUGGCACACCAACAUGAGCCGGAAGAUCAUCAGGAAGUCUCCGCUGCUCGAGAAGUUCCACCAGUUUCUUGUCAGCGAGACCGAGUCGGGUAACAUCAGCCGACAGGAAGCUGUCAGUAUGAUCCCUCCUCUCCUCCUGAAAAUUGAGUCACACCACAAGAUCCUGGACAUGUGUGCAGCUCCAGGGUCAAAGACGGCCCAGCUGAUCGAGAUGCUCCAUUCUGACAUAGACGUGUCAUUUCCAGAGGGGUUUGUCAUUGCCAACGACGUGGACAACAAGCGCUGCUACCUGCUGGUGCACCAAGCCAAGCGUCUCAACAGCCCCUGCAUCAUGGUGGUCAACCACGACGCCUCCUGCAUCCCCACGCUCAAGAUCGACGUAGACGGAAAGAAGGACAUCCUCUUCUACGACCGCAUCCUUUGUGACGUGCCCUGCAGCGGAGACGGCACCAUGAGGAAGAACAUUGACGUGUGGAAGAAAUGGACAACCAGCAACAGCCUGCACCUGCACGGGCUCCAGCUGCGUAUCGCUGUGCGCGGUUUGGAACAGCUGGCGGUGGGAGGGAGGAUGGUGUACUCCACCUGUUCACUCAACCCUAUAGAGGACGAGGCUGUCAUCGCAGCGCUGCUGGAGAAGAGCGAAGGAGCGUUGGAGCUGGCCGACUGCUCAGGUGAUCUGCCGGGGCUCAAGUGGAUGCCUGGAGUCUCUUCCUGGAAGCUGAUGACCAAGGAGGGCACGUGGUUCUCUGAUUGGUCCAAGGUUCCCCUCAAUCGCCAAACGCAGAUCCGCCCCACCAUGUUCCCGCCAACAGACCCCGAAAAACUGGCCAACAUGCAUCUGGAGAGAUGUAUGAGGAUUUUGCCACAUCACCAGAACACAGGAGGUUUCUUUGUGGCUGUGCUGGUGAAGAAAGCCCCGAUGCCUUGGAACAAAAGAUAUCCCAAGCUGAGGAAGGACGUCUCCUCCAGUUCUGCAGCCCAGACUGAAGGCUCCCCUGCAGCCUCCAUUCCCGCCGGGUCUCCCUGCCCACCCGACAGUGCUGUGGAGGACGGGGCGGGGGUGAAAGUAGACGAGGAGGCCCCCAAAGACCUUUCCUUAGCCCAGGAGACGACUGAUAAACAAGAUAGAGUGUAUGGACCUCCCGCCUCUAAGAAGAUGAAGCUGUUUGGUUAUAAAGAAGAUCCCUUUGUGUUCCUCACUGAAGAUGACCCCGUCUUCAUCACCAUACAGUCCUUCUACAAUCUGUCCCCCACCUUCCCCAAGGUCAACGUGCUGACCAGGACCCACGACGGCAAGAAGCGCCACCUCUACAUGGUGUCCAAAGAGCUGCGCAACGUGCUGCUCAACAACAGCGAGCGCAUGAAGGUCAUCAACACAGGGGUGAAGGUGUGGUCUCGCAACAGUGAUGGAGAGGAGUUUGGCUGUGCCUUCAGACUGGCUCAGGAGGGUAUCUACAGUCUCCAGCCGUACAUCCGCUCCAGGAUAAUCACAGUGAGUGUGGCGGACAUCAAAGUGCUGCUGACCCAGGAGAACCCCUACCUCAGCAAACUGGAGGAAGACGCUCACGCUCAGGCCAAGAAACUGGUGAUGGGUAGCAUUGUGUUGAAGUACAUUCCCAAUCCAAAUAACACAGAGGAGCCUCAGUGUCCCAUCCAGCUGUGCGGCUGGAGGGGAAAGACGUCCAUCCGGGCCUUCGUCCCCCGAAACGAGAGGUUUCACUACCUCCGAAUGUUAGGUGUGGAGGUCUUCAGAGACAAGCAGGGCCAAGCGCAGAAAGGAGGGGAUGGAGAGAAAGAAGGGGAGGUGAAGGAGGGGGUGGAAAAUGACGCAGGAGUGGUGAAAGAUGCGGUGGACCUGGACUUGGAGAAUGAUGAUAAAAUUGGAUCAAUAGAACCAGAGAAGGAACUGAUGGACUAGCAGUUGAUUAAAAAAAGAGGACUGACGAGACGUACCGCUGCUCUAAGAGCCGUGGACGAUGAUGAAGACCACAUUUCAUUAUAAGGGAGGAAGAUGAGUCUCUGUUCCCCACCCUGCAGCUGCAGGAAACCCUCCCUUUGUAGACUCGGUUGGGAUUUUUAUUUUUGUUUGGAGCCCCUCCUGGAGUCAGCUUUUUAGUUAGUCUUAUUUUAUUGAUAUGUUCUUUUUUUUUAACAAACAUAUUCCACUGCUUCACUUUUUUCUUCCCGUCACUAAUCUUCAGAGGGGUUUCUAUUAACUGCCGUCUCAUUUUCUAGAUCUGUAAUAAAGCCAAACCACGGAGUCAAUUAAAGCGCUAAAGAUUAACUGUGUCACCUACUGCUCAAAUUAUUUGACUCUAAGCUCGUUGAAGUAUUAAAAGCAUGCCUGAGAAGGGGUUGAUUACGUUUGGCAAAUUUAACACCGAUCAUAAAACAGCUAUUAGUAAUGAGGCCCUCAAACAGUGGUGUGUUAAAGAGGAACUGCUGCACCCUGGGAUGUCUGAAUGAGAGGUAAAGGAAUACUCCUGAACACUUCAUAUUAAUAAAGUAACAUAAUCCAAGUCUCUAUAUAUUUAAUUUCAAAUGUAUAAUAAAGGUUGAAAAGUGAGAAGUAA